ACACUGGGUGCUGCUAGACGACGGGUCCUUAAACGCCACCGCAGCCCGCGAUGGAGAGGAAGAAGACACCACAGUUUGCUCACGAAGUCCUCUGCAGUGACUGACGGCGGAGGAGGAGGCGGCUCUCACACGGUUCAUCCACCGGUUUGGAAGUCCGGGGGAAAGACUUAUAUCACACGGACAACUAAACUUUCUCCCACGACAAGUUUUCAGCUUACCGAGCUGCAGGUAUGUAGGAUCUGUUCCGGGACAGUCCUAAAUGGUACCGCUGUGGGUCAGUUUUGCUCUGAAUCCGCUGGACGGAUAGACGGGCGGUGCUGCUGGAGGAACGACACCGCAACUGACUCUGAACGCAUCAUAGGGUUGGAUCUGUCCAAUUGUUCACUGACUCACGUGGAUGAUCUUCAGGAAGCGUCAACGGCGGUAAUAAUGGACCUGUCACUCAACCCCAUAAUCAACAUGAGUGACACAGCAUUUCAAGGAUUUCGUAAGUUAAAUCGCAUGGUUUUGCCUCAAGACACCGUCUGUCCGGGAGGAAACACUUCCUGGGAAAAAGUGGAGGUCAAAGAGGGGAACCGAUUUUGUGAAGGUCAAAUAAACAUGUGCAACCAGACUGGACACAUGUCCAUCAAUUGUCCGGAGAACUCCCUCUGUGCCCCCUUUGGUCCCGGAUUCUUUGAGUGCAGUUGUGCUGAUCGCCACCACGGAUACAAGUGUCUUCGAGAGGGGCAGUUCCCAGCUCUCCAGGUGUUCGGACCUCUUGCAGCGUCUACACUUGUGAUGUCGUUCCUUCUGUGGGUCACUCAGAGACGUAAAGCCAAAUCGCUGUGAGGCGAAACUCCAGUCGACUGACUUUAUUCUGAUGAAAAUUUGCUCCUUUUGAAAGGGAAGAUGCUGACAGGGAAGUGCUGGCAAAGUCUGCUGUUUUAUGAAUUUUACGCCUUCUGUACACAGCUAUGUUUUAUUUAAGGACAUUUUUAACACUGACAUUUUUUGUUGUUGCUCAAUCAGAGCAAUUUUAGACCAACUAUUUGCUCCAAGUUUUAAAAUGAGUUCUUAUUUUUGUUAGAACUGACCGCUUUUAACACUUCAAUGCACAUAAGGUGAUAGCAAAGGUGGUUAAUGGAAGUCUUUGCUUGGUGCCAACAAAUGGUGAAUGUGUCACACCAAUACUGACUUUAUGUCUUGAACCUUGUAAUUAUAGAGUUUAUUGCAUGUUGAAUAUGAACUUCAGUUCAAAAAAAAACUUGUAGGUUUUAAUUUACUGUGAGCCCAUGAGACUGCAGAGCUGCAUUUUUUAAAAUUCAAUUGAACUUUUUAGUUGUAACUUUUAUAGGUCAUGGUACUGGAACACAAAAUCUCAGUAUUUCCAGCUUUUGGGUAAAACGAGACACAAAAUGUGAGAUCUGUUUGCAUUUUAGCUUUUGUUCAUGGGUUCCAUGUGGUAAAAUGUCUUGAAGUUUACAAGCAAGAUGCUUUGAUGUUACUUCCCAAUUAGAAUUCAGGGCUUUAAUAAAGAUUUUAAAACUGUA